CCUUCAUAUAUACUCUCAGUAGCGCUCCUUGGUGUGACGGGCGUACAUGUUCAGCAAACCGUUCAUUUAAAAAUAAGAAUAACACUUUCCCCAAAAUGUUGCCCUUAACCAGGAAGUACCACGAAGUCAUGUGACUGGAGAAAGAUGGCCGCCGUGCAGUGGCGUUCCCGCGGGCGCAACUAUGAGGCGGAGCUGCAGAGAUGUCGUCCUGAGGUGGCCCUGGUCGAGUUUGGAGACUACCAUCCCCUCAAGCCCAUAAUGGUGACCGAUACAAAGACCCGCCAUGGGGCUCGUAAGGGUAGCACCUCCUCCUCUUCCUCCUCCUCUUCCUCGGUGCCCCCAGACCCCCUCAGCUCCAUGCUGGAUGGGACCGACCCCCUGUCCAUGUUUGCAGCAGCCUCGGCCAGUGAGACUCCAGCCAUUUCACGCAGCGCCUCUGCAGGGGACCUUGGGAGAAAGAGGAAGGAGAAGGAGGAAGAGGCGGUGGGAGCAGACUUUGAGCCCUGGUCUUCGAAGCGGGGCGAGAUCCUGGCCAGGUUCACCACCACGGAAAAACUCUCGAUCAAUCUUUUCAUGGGCUCUGAUCGAGGAAAAGCUCCCAGCCCGGGAUCCUCAGCUGUGUCGGAGAAAGUCCGUACUCGUCUGGAGGAGCUGGAUGAUCUGGAGGAGGGUUCCCAGAGAGAGCUGCUGAACCUCUCCCAGCAGGAUUAUGCCAACCGCAUCGAGGAGCUGAACCAGUCCUUGAAGGAGGCGUGGGCCUCCGACCAGAAGGUCAAGGCCCUGAAGAUCGUCAUUCAGUGCUCCAAGCUACUGUCCGACACCUCGGUAAUCCAGUUCUACCCCAGCAAGUUUGUCCUCAUCACCGAUAUCCUUGACACUUUCGGUCAGCUGGUGUAUGAUAGAAUCUGGAGCAUGUGUUCCGAUCCAAGGCCCUUGCCAGACUCGUUCACAGUGGACGAUGUGAACGACACGGCCAAGGAGACGUGCCUCAACUGGUUCUUCAAGAUCGCCUCCAUCAGGGAGCUCCUGCCCAGACUAUAUGUCGAGGCCGCCAUUCUCAAGUGUAACCGCUUCCUCAACAAAUCUGGCAUCCAGGAGACGCUCCCUCGGUUGACGGCUAUGAUCAAAGGGAUCGGAGACCCUUUGGUGGCAGCGUACACCAGAGCUUACCUCUGCAGGGUGGGCGUGGAGGUGGCCCCGCACCUGAAAGACAGCCUGAACCAAAACUUCUUCGACCUACUUGGGACCUUCCGCCAAAUCGGCGGCGAGAGCGUCCGGAAGCAGCUGGCGCUGCAGCGGGUGGAGGCGCCCGAGUACCUGACGCUCUACUCACCCGCCAUCAGCUGGAUCCUGCAGUGCAUCGCAUACAGAGCUCCAGAGCCUCUGCUGACAGAGAUGAUGGAGAGAUGCAAGAAACUGGGGAACAAUGCCUUGCUGCUGAAUUCGGUUAUGCGGGCGUUCAGGCCGGAGUUUGUCGCAGACAGAGCCACUGACUUCAUCGGGAUGAUCAAAGACUGCGACGAGGCCGGCUUCCCGAAGCAUCUGUUGUUCGGAUCCCUGGGCCGCAGCCUGGCGUGUGCCGACCCUCCCGAAUCGGAGAGGCUGACGAUUCUGAAUGAAGCCUGGAAGGUCAUCACCAAAGUCCGCAGUCCUCGGGAUUACGUCAACUGUGCCGAAAUCUGGGUGGAGUUCACCUGCCGACACUUUACGAAACGCGAGGUCAACACAAUCCUGGCCGACAUCAUCAAACACAUGACCCCGGACCGGGCGUUUGAAGACGCCUAUAGUCAGCUGCAGUCGGUGAUCAGGAAGAUCCUCACCUACUUCCACGACUUCUCCGUCCUCUUCUCCAUGGAGCGCUUCCUGCCAUUCCUUGACAUGUUCCAGAAGGACAGCGUGAGAGUGGAGGUCUGCAGGUCUAUCAUGGAGAUCUUCAUCAAACACCAGCUGGAUCUCACCAGAGACCCGGUCAUCCUCAACGCCAUGCUGCACAUCUGCAAGACCAUGCACGACUCUGUCAACGCUCUCACUCUGGAGGAUGAGAGAAGGUCUUUAGCUCUGCUGAUCAUUGGCUUCAUCCGCAUGGUGUCUUUUGGUCGCGACUUUGAGCAGCAACUGAGUUUCUGCGUGGAGGCCAGAGCCACCUUUUGUAACCUGGAGCCAGUUCUGGUGCAGCUCAUUCACACGGUGAACCAGCUGGCGAUGGAGACCAGGCGGGUGAUGAGAGGGAGUCACUCCCGGAAAACGGCGGCGUUCGUCAGGGCGUGUGCUGCCUACAGUUUCAUCACCAUCCCGUCGCUCAGCAGCAUCUUCAGCCGUCUCAGCCUCUACCUGCUGUCGGGUCAGGUUGCGUUGGCCAACCAGUGCCUAUCCCAGGCGGAUGCCUUCCUGAAAGCAGCGGUCAGCAUUCUUCCCGAGGUUCCUCGCUCCAUCAGCGUGGAGGGGAAACUUCGCUCCUCCGAGAGCUUCCUGCUGGACUUCACCAACAACUUCCUGGCCAUGCUUCUGGUCGUCCCGGACCACCCCGAGCACGGCGUGCUCUACCUCGUCCGUGGUCUGCUCAACAUGGUCCAGGAUUACACCUGGGAGGACAACAGCGACGCCAAGGUGCGGGUCUACGUCAGCGCUUUGCCCCUGCUGGCCGCCAUGGGCCAGGAAACAUAUGUUUACUCCGUCCCCAAAGUGGAUUCCAAUGAGACACUAUAUGGAGGAGACCCCAAGUUUCUAUCAGAAAUCAACAAGCUGUGCGAGACCCUGAUAGGACAGAUCCUGGAUCAUCUGAAGGUGCUUGGUCGCGAUGAGCAGGGCACGCGGCGUCAAGGCGCCCUCGCCUUCUCCCUGUUCGGUGUCCUGCUGGCUCAUGGCGACCUGAGGAACAACAAGCUGAGCCAGCUGGCCGUCAACCUGUGGAACCUCAGCCACAAACACGGACACUGUGAGCCGCGCGUCUCCGUCCGGACUCUGGAGUUUGUCAAACACCAGGCUCAGCAGCCCGACAUGUCUCACCUGUCAGACACAGUCCAGAGGCUCACACUGCAGUCCCGCACCUGAGCGAGCGCCCACCACAUGCCUCGAAAAAAAAUACAAGCACUGUAGAAGGAUUUUGUGCUCCACACAUCAAGCUUGUGAAGAUACAAAUAACAAGAAGCACAAAGACGAGAAAUUGCCUCUAUUUUGUGUGAGAAUGUGUGAAGGGGUGCGAACGGUGAAAAAUCUCUUAGGCUGCUUCAGACUCAUUUCUGAUCAUAAACAAAAAAACAAUAUUGACAAUUGUAGACUGAAGUUGCAGAAGGCUGCUCGUGCCAAAAUCUUUGCGUUUUUGCAACUUCAAGCCAAAAAAACAUACAGCAACGACUUCGCCUGACACAGGAAGCAAUCAUAAGUGAUUAAGAAAAUAAUUCGCAAGAAGAAAAAUGUCAUUUCUCUGCAGGUUUUCUGGCCUGUGAGUAAAAGUCUGAGAUGGACGACUCGGUUCAGAUAUUCCGAGCGGAAAAGGAGAAGCAGAAGACGAGUCUACAAGUGUCGCACAGUAUUUGCUGCUGCGUCUUCGGCCUCGUUAUUUUGUCGACGUUAAAAAUGGUUCAAACGCUAAAAGAAAAACGCCCGCCAAAGCACUGUAAGCAUUUGUUUUUGUUUUUUUGGCAGUGAAACUUCUUUGUCAGUUCUGCAACCUGUGAUGGAAUUCCCACUCUCAGACUUACCCGCAUCUAUUUCUGGGAGAGAGAGGAAAAAAAAACCUGAUCGAGUGAAAUUGUAUUUUAACACGUCCUGUUCAUUUGUAGAAGUAAACUCUGUAUUUAAAUACA